AUGGGAAGUUGUGAAGAGUACUCAUCAUCACUGCCAGAAACCCCAAGCCAAACUCAACCGGAGUCUCCUUCAAGGUUUAACUUAGAUACCCUUUUGUCUGAUCUUUACCCUGGAACAGAAAAAGAGGAAGAAAGCCUCGUUGAAGGUCUUAAAAGUGUGAGCUUGGAAGAGAAUGACAGGAAUAGCUAUGGAGAUAACAACAACGGCAGUGAAAAUCUUCAAGCGGAGUGGGAGGAUGGGGAGAAUUAUCAGUACCCUUUAAGGCCUUGUGCUGAAGAUUGUAGCUUUUUUCUUAAAACUGGCACGUGUAAGUUUGGUUUGAACUGUAAGUUUAACCACCCAGUUGGGAGAGGGUUUCAGGAUGAGGAGAACUAUAAAGGAUGGACUGCUGAGCAAACAGGGCGAAUUGAAUGCAAGUAUUAUCGAGCCACUGGAGGUUGCAAGUAUGGAAAUGCUUGCAGAUAUAGGCACUGUAAUGAAGAUUAUGUAUUAGCUCCACUAGAAGCCAACUCCUUUGGCCUGCCAGUACAAGUGGUUAUAAAAGAGAAUAGGGAAAAGGAUGGCUUUAAGGAACAGACAGGGCAGAUUGAAUGCAAGUAUUACCUAACUUCAGGAGGAUGCAAGUAUGGAACAGCUUGUAAAUAUAGUCACUUCAAAGAGAAGUCUAGAUACCUGGAAAAGUCUGAGUUACCUUUGCCAGAACUUAACUUUCUAGGCUUGCCAAUUCGAAUGCUAGAGAAAGAGUGUCCUUAUUACAUGCGUACUGGUUCUUGUGGAUAUGGGGCUAGUUGCAGGUUUAAUCAUCCUGACCCCACUUCUGCUGAAGGAUCCAACACUUUCAGCUCAGAUCCUUCUGGCUUUGGAGGCCAUUCUUCGGAAAAUUAUAAUGGUGAAUCCGAUGCUCUGCCAUCAUCACCCAAACCAACUGCAGCUUCAUCGUCUUUGAACAUGAUGUCAGAUAAGCAUGUUCCAUACUUGAAUCAUAAUUCAUCAUCUGCUCAUGUCACGCAUCUGAAUUCUGAAUGGAACGGACAUGAGGAAAAAACCAGUCAUCCUUAUUCAUCUCGUUCAAUACACAGUGCAAUGAAGACAGAAGAUAUCUCCAAACUCCAUCAAGAGCCGAUACAAGUUGAUGAAUUCCCUGAGCGACCUGGUGAACCUGAGUGUCCUUACUUUAUGAAAACUGGAUAUUGCAAGUUUAAAACUGCAUGCAAGUUUCAUCAUCCCAAGAUUCGAUCUUCAAAGCCAACUGCCUUUAUCCUUAGCAGUGCAGGCCUGCCUCUAAGACCUGAUAGAAAAAUCUGCUGGAACUACGAAAAAUUUGGUGUCUGCAAGUAUGGAAGGAGCUGUUAUUUUCACCAUCCAGAGAAUCUUUUCUCAUCAGAUUUCUGGGUUGACUCUAUUCCAUAGUUACCAUUAGGCAUCCAUGCUGCAACUUUUGGACAAGUGACUAAAAUGGUGGAUUAUGAGAUAUGAUGUAGAAUUUGUACAGUAGGCCCCUAGUUUUCUGCUGACAAUUUGUUCUCUCUUUUUGGGUCCUGCUUGGUUAAUAUGAUCAAAUUUUCGGGUUUUU